AUGAUGAGAGCCACAGCUGUUCAGCUACUCAAGGUGAAACCCGUACCAGCAUCUGCGAUCCCGUUGUUGCGACUUCCACCGUCCACGACGUCGCACAAAGCCACAUCGAUCACAUCCACUGCAGCGCGCUCACGAACUGCAUCGGUAGAUGUGGCAGCUCAACUCGAAAACAAGCUCGUAUCGCGCCAAGGCCUCGGUGCUAACGUACGCAUUUCGAAACCUGUCAGCAACAAGGAUCUGUACUGGAAGGUCCCAAAAGCUCAACGCGACAUUCUGAAGAAACUCUUGAAAGAGGCAUAA